UUUCACAACAUCGUCGCUGAAAUAGCACGAGGCUGCCAAAAGAAAAAGGUGCAGUCAGUGCGUUAAGGAGAGGAGAGGAGAGGAGACGAGACGAGACGAGAGGAGAUUCGUUUGAACCGCCGUGUGAACCGGCAACAGAGCGACCAUCCUCGUCCUCGUCCUCAUCAUCGUCAUCGUCAUCGUCAUCGUCAUCGUCAUCGUCAUCGUCAACAACAGCUGUAGUGUAGUCAGUAGUCUGUAAGUAAAAAGGGUUGAUCAAUCAUGAACGGAUUGCUUUGGGGCUUAUUGUUAUUGCCCCCAGUAUACCAUACCGUACCAAAAAUGAUAACUAAUGCACACAGUCAAACAUAAUUGAUGAUGGACGCGGGAGGCAAUUCUCUUCCAUCCGGACCUGAUGGUGUGAAGAGGAAAAUUUCUUACUUUUAUGACCCAGAGGUUGGCAAUUACUACUAUGGUCAGGGUCACCCUAUGAAGCCACAUAGGAUCCGAAUGACCCAUGCUCUUCUUGCCCACUAUGGAUUGUUGCAACACAUGCAGGUCCUAAAGCCCUUCCCUGCACGGGAUAGAGAUCUUUGCCGCUUUCAUGCUGAUGAUUAUGUGUCCUUUUUGAGGGGUAUAACCCCCGAGACACAGCAAGAUCAGCUAAGGCAACUCAAGCGAUUCAAUGUUGGUGAAGACUGCCCUGUCUUCGAUGGUCUUUACUCUUUCUGUCAAACUUAUGCUGGUGGAUCAGUUGGUGGCGCAGUUAAGUUAAAUCAUAGUCUCUGUGAUAUUGCCAUUAAUUGGGCUGGUGGACUACAUCAUGCUAAGAAGUGUGAGGCAUCUGGAUUUUGCUAUGUAAAUGACAUUGUCUUGGCAAUCUUAGAACUUCUUAAACAACAUGAGCGUGUUUUGUAUGUGGACAUUGACAUUCACCACGGGGACGGUGUUGAGGAGGCUUUUUACACCACUGACAGGGUCAUGACUGUGUCAUUCCAUAAGUUUGGAGAUUAUUUUCCUGGUACUGGGGAUGUACGUGAUAUAGGAUAUGGGAAAGGGAAAUACUACUCCCUUAACGUACCAUUGGAUGAUGGGAUUGACGAUGAGAGCUACCACUUCUUGUUCAAACCAAUCAUUGGUAAAGUGAUGGAAGUUUUUAAGCCCGGUGCGGUGGUUCUCCAAUGUGGUGCUGAUUCCUUAUCUGGGGACCGGUUAGGAUGCUUCAAUCUUUCAAUAAAAGGCCAUGCAGAGUGUGUCAGGUAUAUGAGAUCUUUCAAUGUGCCACUAUUGUUGCUGGGUGGUGGUGGUUACACCAUCAGGAAUGUUGCUCGUUGUUGGUGUUACGAGACAGGAGUUGCCCUGGGUCUUGAAGUCGACGAUAAGAUGCCACAACAUGAGUAUUAUGAGUAUUUUGGUCCAGACUAUACUCUUCAUGUUGCCCCCAGUAACAUGGAGAACAAAAAUUCACGACCGUUACUGGAGGAGAUAAGGGCUAAUCUUCUUGAUAAUCUUUCGAAGCUUCAACAUGCUCCCAGUGUCCAAUUUCAGGAAAGACCACCUGAUACUGAGCUUCCUGAGGCAGAUGAAGAUGAAGAUGAUGGAGAUGAAAGAUGGGAUCCGGAUUCUGAGAUGGAAAUUGAUGCGGAGUGUAAACCUCUACCAAGCAGAGUGAAGAGAGAAAUUGUUGAAUUGGAGCCUAAAGAUAUGGUGGAUCAAAAAAUAAUUGAGGAGCAAGCUAGAGGCAUCAACACUACACAGGAGCCAACUGCAAUCUUAAAGGCUCCAGACAGCAGAUCUAGGCUAAUAGAUGAAUCAUGUUUGAAAGUUGAACAAGAAAACAUGAAGAAGCCAUGUGAUGCACGAGCUCAAAUGUAACCUAGGGCUACAUGGUGAAGUUUCGUUACACCAGCACGAAUGCAUUUUGGCUCUACCUUUUUUAGUUUUCACAUCUUUCUUUCCUUGUUUGUGAGUGCACACAUUUGAAAAGCCAAGGAAGCCAAUCUCUUUCUUUUUCUUUCUUUUUUGUUUUUGUUUUUUUUUUUCUUUUUUCAUAAACAUUGAUUUCUAAGUUUAUGAUAAGAUGACAAUGUUUAGAACAUUUCCAAUAGUGUAGUACUUAACUGUAGUUGUAUUCAAAUCCCAUAGUUAAACAAAAGGUAGGCACUCCAACUUAUGCUACCUAAAUAACAGUGUUAUUUUUAUACUA